CCUCCCGCACAGGUUUGGACCACGAGCUAGAGUGGAGAUAUACUCGACGACUGUACAGAUUGUAAGCAGAAGAGCGCGUCACGAUGGGAGUCCCCAAGUUUUUUCGCUAUAUGAGCGAACGGUAUCCGUGCUUGAGCGAGCUGGUUCGAGAGAAUCAGGUGCCGGACUUUGACAAUUUGUAUCUGGACAUGAACGGAAUUAUUCACAACUGUUCGCAUCCGAACGAUUCGGACGUGUUCUUCCGGAUCACGGAGGAGCAGAUUUUUAGUGACAUCUUUCACUAUUUGGAGUUUCUGUUCCGGAUGAUCCGUCCGCAGAAGUUGUUCUUUAUCGCGGUUGACGGGGUAGCACCGCGGGCCAAGAUGAACCAGCAGCGGGGAAGGCGGUUCCGGUCGGCUCGGGAAGCGCAGGAGCAGGUUGAGCAGGCGGAGAAGAAGGGCGAUGUGCUGCCGCUGGAGGCCCGGUUCGACAGUAACUGUAUCACGCCAGGGACGAGCUUUAUGGUGCGGUUGCAGCGCGCCUUGGAGCACUUUAUCAAGGUAAAGGUCAGCACGAAUCCGCUGUGGAAGCACUGCAAGGUGGUGUUGAGUGGCCACGAGACGCCAGGGGAGGGCGAGCACAAAAUCAUGGAGUACAUUCGGCACGCGAAAGCAUCGCCCGGGUUUGAUUCGAACACGCGCCACUGUUUGUACGGGCUGGAUGCGGAUUUGAUCAUGCUGGGCCUGUGCACCCACGAGCGGCACUUUUCGCUGCUUCGGGAGGAGGUCAAAUUCGGCAAGAACGACAAGAAGUCGUCGAUCGUGGAGGAGACGCGCUUCUAUCUGUUGCAUCUGACGCUGCUCCGCGAGUAUCUGGAGCUGGAGUUUGCCCCCGUGCGAGACAAACUAAAGUUCGAGUUCAACCCUUACAAGCUGAUCGACGACUGGGUCUUGAUGGGUUACAUGGUUGGCAACGAUUUCAUUCCUCAUUUGCCCAACCUUCACAUCAACGAGAACGCGCUGCCGACGCUGUUCCAAGCGUACAUGGACGUUCUGCCCGGGCUGGACGGGUACAUCAACGAGGGAGGCAUCCUGAACCUGGAGCGGUUGGAAGUGCUGAUGGAGCGGUUGGCCCGGUUCGAUCGGGACAUCUUUCUGGAGAACUACACCGACCUGCAGUACUUUAAGGCAAAGCGGGGCGCCAAUGAUACGGAGGCCUUCGACGUGACACUCGAGGAAAUCAAGGCCGACAUGGACAUGGACCUGUCGGCGCUGAUCAAGGCAUCGGAGGACAUGUUCCUAGAUGACGAUGAGGAUGGCGGCGGCGGCGAACGCUACUCGGCCGAGGACAUCGAGAACGAUCCGGAGCUGUUCGAGAAGGAAUUUGCCGCGUACAAGCGCAACUACUACAUGACCAAGAUGGGCUACGGCGAAUUUAACGAGGAGACCCGCGCCGAGCAGGCGGAAUGCUACAUUCGCGCUCUCCAGUGGACCCUCCUCUACUACUACCGGGGAGUGUCCUCCUGGGCCUGGUACUACCCGCAUCACUACGCGCCCUUCAUCAGCGACGUCCAAAACUUCAAAAACUUCAAGCUGAACUUUGAAAUGGGCAAACCGUUCCUCCCGUUCCAGCAGCUGCUGAGUGUGCUGCCGGCGGCCAGUAAAGACCACCUCCCGACUGCGUACCACAAGCUGAUGACCGACCCCGAAAGCUGCGUGAUCGAUUACUACCCGGAGAACUUCGGUACGGAUCUGAACGGCAAGCAGCAGGCCUGGGAGGCGGUCGUAUUGAUCCCCUUUAUCGACGAGAAGCGUCUGCUGAAGGCGAUGGAGCCGUGCGACGCGUUCCUGACCGACGAGGAAAAGCAGCGGAACGUGCACGGUCCGAUGAUGCUGUUCCAGUACGAUGAGCAGGGCAGUGCGUUCCUGGGUGCGAAUUACGGGUUGGACGACGUGGCGGAGCUCAAAGUGAAGGAGAUUCCAAUCUACCGCGAUGACUUGUACGUGCCGGAGAAUAAGCUCGUGCUCGGUCCGUCGAAGGGGGCCAUUCUGGACGGAUACAUCAAGGGAUUCCCAACGAUGAAGCACCUCAAGUAUCACGGCAUCCUGAAGGAGAUCCGCGUCAAGGUGUUCAACUUUCCGAGCCGCAACGCCAGCAUGGUGGUGGCCAUCGACAAGGAGGGGGAUGACAAAUCAACCGCCCAGUUAGCCCAGGAACUGCUCGGCAGCAUCGUGUACGUGAGCUGGCCGCACCUGACGGAGGCCAAGGUGGUGAAGGUGGCGGACGCCAAGACGGUCUACGAGAAGGAUCGCGAGGAGCGGCCGAACAACGAAAAGUUUUUCGGCACGUGCGUGAAGGCGAUCGUGGAGCAUCAUUGCAAUCGGUUGGCGAUUGAUUUGGGCGAGAUUAGGCAGCUGGUGCACGUGAAGACGUGCGUGGGCAGCGAGUACGUGCUGAAGGACGAUCGGUACGUGCUGAACAAGCUGUGGAACCAGGGUGAGACGAUGUAUCCGGUGCAGGCGAUCGUGACGGAUUUGAGGGAGGCGUUGAGGACGCUGAAGCCUUACCAGGAGGUGCAGGAAAUGUUUCCGGAGAACUGCGUGGUGUUUUUGCGGGCUACGCAGUGGUAUGGUAGUAUGGGUCACGUCGUGGAUGUGACGGCCGGUCACAAGCGCAUCAAGACGAGGUUUGAGAUUUACGAGGAGCCGAAUUUGGACACGGUGCUGAAGAUUGACGAUGAGGCGCGGAGUCACUACUUAACAACGUACGACGCGGCCUCGUCGAUUGGGAUUUCGGCGAAUUUGCUGAGUCGGCUGUCGUCGACGAUCUACAUGGUGACGGGUGGGCGGAGGUCGCUGAACGUGGACGAGAAGGGCAAGAUGAACAUUGGGCUGCAGUUGAGGCUGGUGUCGCAGGACAUUGAAACGGUUGGCUAUACGAGAAAGAUGGCGAAGAAUUGGAUGUACUCGGACAAGGCGAUCGAGCUGGUUAAGGCGUAUUAUGACAAGGUUCCGCAAGUGUUCGAGAAGCUCGAGUCGUUUGGAAAUCGCGAUGUGCUGUUUGAGGAUGAAAUAUUCGGCGAGAAGAGGGAGGAAGGUUCCGGGUUGAAGGAGCUGGUGGCGUGGAUAAAGGCUCAGGAUCACGCCAAGGCGGAGAAGCGAUCGUGUGGGACGAAGAUUUUGGAACCGGCAGCGGUGGAGGAGUUGGUCAAAAUUACGGCUGAAUCGGUGCGCCAACUGCCAACGAUGCAGACCAUGUUCGUUCAUCCGAAGGACCUGUACAAGCCUGGAAUGAAGCAGGCAAGAAGCAUCGACUACAUGGCCAAUUACGAGCUGCUGGAUCGGGUGAUCAUUGCGCGUGAAACCGAAGUGGUUCCGCUCGGUUAUCGAGGCACCAUCAUCGGCAUCCACUUGGCCAAGGAUCCAAAUCCCGUUCGGCAGGAGAGCGUCUCCAAAGAGGACAAAUAUUUUGACAUUCUGUUUGACAAACAGUUCCCCAACGGAACGCACAUCUUCGGCAUCGAGCAAACGCGCAAUCGGGUCGUACGAGUGGCCGAGGGCGCCAUCCUGAACAUAUCUUUCGGCGUUGCCGACUUUGAGUACAAACAGGUCGAUCCGGCGCAACCGAUCAUGCUUCCGGCGGAGGAAUUCUGCCCCGGAGGAUUGGCCAGCAAGCAACCCUCGACCGCACGCUCCGUCGAGACGGUUCGCGUGAAACCUUCCAAACCAACUGCAAAAUCCGAAUCCAUCAAAAAGCGUCUGAACGAGCGCAUCGAAAAGAACCCCAACCCGAUGAAGGCGUUCGUGAUGGCCAACCGGAAGCCACUGGAGGAGAACGGUGCAAACUCCCAGGCCGGGUGUGACUUUGAGAAGGUGUGGAACAAGCUGCGCGAGCCAAACCAGACGACGACGACCACGCUGGACGAGCGGGACAUCAAGAGCUUCCUCGCGAAUGCGGCUCCUGCCGCGCAGGAAUCGGCGCCAGUCCCAACCAACCCGCCGGCACCUUCCAGCGACCCAACAGACAUGCUGAAGAAAAUGCUCAAAAUUAGUGCUGACCAGGAGCCAGCCGUCCAAACGCCGCCUCAGCUCAACAUUCCCAUGCCAAAGAACCUGCCAAAACCGCCGUCCUCCUGGCGCUCCGACCACAAAUCGGCCAAGGACACCGUAAAGCAACAACACCCCGCGGACAAACCCCAGCAAAAGCAAAAUCACCAAAUGCCGAUGCCGCCCCAACCGUUCGCCCAGUUCCAACCGUACCAGCUGGCCCACCAGCAGAACCGAUACCAGCCACCCCCCGGCCAAUUCCUCCCAAACCAGUACCAACCAAUGCCCCGCUACCAGCCGCAAAUGCCAAUGCCGCCCCACAAAAACAACAACCACUCGGCGUACCAACAGUUCAACCAACAUCACCAGCAGCUCCAGCAGCAACUCUACCGGCCCCAAUACUACCCCGGAAACGGCCCAAACAACAACAACAACAACAACAACCAGCAUCACCCGAGGCAGCGUGGCCCAAACGGCCCGCAAAAUCUCAGCUUCAACCGGAACACCCCCGCCGGCACCGGAGCCUUCGUCCCCCUGCAGGCGAUCAUCAAGUCCAAAACGAGACCCAACGGAGGAGGAAACAAAAGCAACAAAGCGGGAAGCAGCAACGCCAACUCGACGGGCUUCGCCCAGAAAAACGCCGAACUGCGGCAAAAGGUCGAGCAGAAGCAGCAGGAGAACAAGCAGGACUUUGCGUCCUUCCUGGGGGGUGCUGGGAAAUCCGUGGAAGCAGCGGCGGCGGCAGUCGUUACGACCGGGGACGAAAAGUGUGAUAAGCCGGAGCGGAAAAAGGACGACGGGGGUGAUGGUAUGCAAAAGCAGGCCAGCACCAGUCCCAAGCCGCCGAAGGUGCGCCAGAUGAGAAUAGCGGCCAACUUUUCACAAGCUGACUAAAACUUUAAACUUUUUUAAACCACUUCCGCGUGCGUAAGUGCUUGGAAAUGACAAAAAGUGUACAUUUUUUCAAUGUUUUAUUUUUACGAUCAACUUCUUAUUGAAAAAAAAAAAAAACAUUUGUGCUCCUCUC